AUGAGUAACAAUAAUAUUCCAAAUCCUGGACAAAAUGAUGUUUCACAAGAGCUUCACUGUGGUAAAGAUGCUCUGACUGAUUCUUUAGGAUGGUUCCUUCAAAUCCUAUUGGCAACUUUAGCUUUUACCUGCUUAAUUUUAAAAAGAUUUUGUGAACCAAAGUAUGUAAGAAGACCAUGGUUAAUAUGGUUUUAUGACACAUCAAAACAGGGUCUUGGGGCUCUUUUUAUUCAUUUAGCAAAUAUAUACUUAGCUAGUCAAUUUCAAGGUGAUCCCUUUGGGUUACUAAUUAUAUAUGUUGGUAUAAGACUGUCACAGUAUUUUGCCAAAACUAAAAAUUGGGAGGCGAUAAAUUUUGGUGAAUAUGGAAAACCGCCAUCGGUAAAUGCAUGGUUGACACAAUGCGGUCUUUAUGUUUUACUCAUGGUAGUCGUUAAAAUAUGUAUUACAUUAUUGAUUCAAUUUGAUUUUUGGGAUCAAGUAAGAGACUUUGUUUUAUCACCAUUUACAAAUCCUAAAAUUGAAUUAGCAGUCGUUUUAUUAAUAAUACCAUUUUUUGUUAAUGCAUUAAUGUUUUGGGUAACUGAUAACUUUUUAAUGAGAAAAACAUUAAAAAAAUAUGAAAAAGAAUCUGGAUUGUUGAAAAAAGUCAAAGUUAAAUAUCAAAGAAUUAAAAAUCAAAGACUUUUACAUGAUGAAUUUGAAGAAUUGGUGUCUGCAGAUGAAGAAUUGAUAGGUACAGAAGGACAUUCUAGAAUAAUAAGAUCAAAUGGCGCCACAGUAACAUGA